GCUAAAAGUCAAUUAAUUUCAAUAGAAAUCAUAUUGUGGAAAUUGAUGUAUGAAAAUUCAUUUAUUGAAUAUUUAGGAUAGGUGAAAUUUUAAUUCCUUACUAAGAUGACGACGUUGGCGGAGCCGGAUCUGGGCAAUGGCCGCAAUAAACCGAUAUUUAAUAACACGACCGGCUUCAGUACACUGAUCACGGUUACGGUUUUGCUGCUGGCUUGGUUGGCCGGUUUUGCAUCCCGGCUUUUUGCAGUUAUUCGUUUCGAAAGUAUUAUCCAUGAAUUCGACCCUUGGUUUAACUACAGAUCAACAGCGUACAUGGUGCAGCAUGGUUUCUAUAAUUUUCUAAAUUGGUUCGAUGAGCGCGCUUGGUACCCCCUUGGGCGCAUUGUGGGGGGUACAGUUUAUCCUGGUCUUAUGAUCACUUCAGGGUCUAUACAUUGGUUACUGCAUGCUCUGAAUAUACCAAUACAUAUAAGAGAUAUUUGUGUGUUCCUUGCACCAGUGUUCAGUGGUCUAACAGCAAUAUCUACAUAUCUGCUGACUGCUGAACUGUGGUCACGGGGGGCUGGCCUGUUUGCUGCAUGUUUCAUAGCCAUAGUUCCUGGCUACAGCAGUAGGUCGGUAGCAGGAAGCUAUGACAAUGAGGGAAUUGCUAUAUUUGCUCUACAACUCACUUACUUUUUGUGGCUGAGGAGUUUAAAAACUGGCUCAGUUUUCUGGUCCAUUUGUACAGCCAUCUCCUAUUUUUAUAUGGUAUCAGCAUGGGGUGGUUAUGUGUUUAUCAUCAAUUUGAUACCUCUGCAUGUAUUUGCCCUGCUGAUAAUGGGAAGAUUCUCUCAGAGGCUUUUUGUCAGCUACAGUGUGUUCUACAUUGUGGGACUUCUGUUGUCCAUGCAAAUACCAUUUGUUGGAUUUCAACCUAUCCGCACAAGUGAACAUAUGGCUGCAUCAGGUGUGUUUGCACUAUUGAUGGCAGUGGGUGCUCUGCAAUAUUUACACAGUCUAAAUCCAAAGGGACAGUGGAAGAAACUACUCAUAGUUGGUGGCUUAAUGGCUGCAGGACUAGUUUUCCUUAUGGUUGUGUUUCUUACAUAUAUUGGUGUCAUUGCUCCAUGGAGUGGCAGAUUUUACUCCCUAUGGGACACUGCCUACGCAAAGAUCCAUAUUCCCAUCAUAGCCUCAGUGUCAGAGCACCAGCCUACAACCUGGUCGUCGUUUUUCUUUGACCUGCACGUGCUGGUGUGCACAUUCCCUGUGGGGUUAUGGUACUGUGUCAAGAAUAUCAAUGAUGAAAGAGUUUUUGUUACAUUAUACGCUCUAAGUGCUGUAUACUUCGCGGGUGUGAUGGUGCGACUUAUGUUAACAUUGACACCCGUAGUGUGUGUGUUAUCCGGUAUAGCCUUCUCUAUUCUCCUUGAUCUCUUGCUAAGGGACGAUGAUCUACCUACUGCACCAGUUGAGCCGAAUGAUAAGAAUCUCUAUGACAAGGCCGGUAAAGUAAAGAAGCGCGCUCCCGAGCCGACGUCGCAAGCUGAUUUUGGCUUAGGAAUGAACGUGCGAUCAGGCGCUCUUAUCGCCUUUAUGAUCUUGCUGAUGCUUUUCUCUGUGCAUUGUACCUGGGCAACUUCUAAUGCUUAUUCCAGUCCUAGCAUUGUGCUGGCCAGUUAUGGAAACGAUGGAUCACGUAAAAUAUUGGAUGACUUCAGAGAAGCAUAUGGUUGGUUGUCACAAAAUACAGCGGAAGACGCUAGAAUAAUGUCCUGGUGGGAUUAUGGUUAUCAGAUUGCUGGAAUGGGUAAUAGAACUACUCUUGUUGACAAUAACACUUGGAACAAUUCGCACAUAGCUCUCGUCGGCAAAGCAAUGGCCAGCAACGAGACAGCCGCGUACGAUAUAAUGACUAUGCUGGACGUUGAUUAUGUAUUGGUUAUAUUCGGAGGCGCCAUUGGUUAUUCCGGGGAUGAUAUCAACAAGUUUAUAUGGAUGGUGCGGAUUGCUGAGGGUGAACAUCCUAAGGAUAUCCAUGAAGCAGACUAUUUCACGGAAAAAGGAGAAUACAGAGUAGAUUCAGAAGCGUCUAAAACGAUGUUAAAUUGUUUAAUGUACAAAUUAUCCUACUAUAGAUAUGAUAGUGGCGGAAGUCCGCCGGGAUAUGACCGCACGCGCGGUGCCCUGCCCGGCAACCGCGGUUUUAAGCUAACUUACCUCGAGGAAGCUUACACAACAGAGCAUUGGCUCGUUAGAAUAUACAGAGUAAAAAAGCCGGAUGAAUUUAACCGGCCCCGAUUGCCUGUGGCCAAGAGAACAGUACAAACAAGCAAUAAUAUGUCCAAAAAGCUUGCGUACGGUGUAGAGUCGAUGACGUCGAAGAGGAGAAAAGGUGUACUGAAGAAUAAGCCGACGCUGGUGAAGGGCAAAAAAGUGACGAAGUUGUAGUGAUGCAUUUGAGCGCGCGGCUUAGUGAUAUGUCAUUUCAGUGGUAAAUAUGCAUUGGCCGAUCACAAUAUUAAUACAAUUAGGUUGCGUCAAUCGACGAAUUUCCUCGGAAUAAUGUUUCUCGAGGUUCAGUAAAGCUAGCCAGAAUAAAAUUAUCUGGUAAAGGUCGCAAUUUAUUUAUAUUAAAUAAAUUGCGACCUUUACCAUAGAGACAUAUGUGCAAUGUCCAUGGUGUGCACCAUAGGUAAAUUUAAAUAUGGCGGGAAUUCACUAGAGGAAUUGUGAAACAAAUGAGUUUGAUUUCAUUGUUUUAUUUAUUCAAUCAUUACUAUAUUGUUUUUUUAUUCGUACCGUUUUUAAUAAUAUGGCAUUUGAUUAAACGUAAUAUCAUCGUAGUUAAAUACUUGACUAUUAUUUUAUUUGAAAAUUAAAUUUUUAGCGAAACUUAGACGUAAGACGUUCUUUUAAUCUUUACCCAAGUCAUUAAAAUAAAAUAAAAUAAUACGGCAGGGUGAUUACGUAUCUCAAGGCAGAAUUG